CGCAAAUAUGAUACCAUUUCCGUUUCUUUCCGGUGUUUUUUUUUAGUUAACCAUAACAAACAUGGCGACUUACAUGCAGGUCGGCAGGUUGCUGGGUAUUUCAGCAAGGCUUUCGCGUCCUCUUGCAGUCAGUGGAUAUCAGAGCGCCCGAUUUCACUGGCCUUCACAUAACACAGCGGUCCCAAACAGAUGGCCACAAAACCCCCAUUGGGUUAUUCCUGGCAGGACCAUGUUUGUGCAGACGCAGGACACACCGAAUCCAAACAGCCUAAAGUUUCUGCCCGGUUGUACAGUUCUUGAAUCAGGGACUAUGGAUUUUGCCAGCCCUCGUGACGCGCACUGCUCACCCUUAGCCAGACAGCUGUUUAGGAUUGAGGGAGUCAAGAGUGUCUUCCUGGGCCCCGACUUUAUCACCAUAACCAGGCCUGAUGACAAUAUGGAAUGGAGAGUAAUCAAGCCCGAUGUUUUUGCUACCAUUAUGGACUUUUUCACUUCUGGACUUCCUGUAGUCAAUGAGGACAGCGCACCUAGUGAAGAUACAGCCCCAUCGGAUGAUGACGAUGAAGUAGUCGCUAUGAUCAAAGAACUGCUGGAUACCCGAAUAAGGCCAACAGUGCAGGAGGAUGGAGGUGACGUUGUGUAUAUGGGCUUUGUUGACGGCAUCGUUAAACUGAAGCUGCAGGGCUCCUGCACCAGUUGUCCCAGUUCCAUUGUUACUUUGAAGAGUGGAAUCCAAAACAUGCUGCAGUUUUACGUCCCCGAAGUUGAAUCAGUGGAGCAGGUGAAGGAUGAGGAUGAGGAGGACGCUGCUCAAGUUUAAACUGCACUGAAAGCACAUUUACACAUUCCUCCCUCCACCAGACCGCCUCCUUUAAUGCAGCCAUAGUUGCAAUAAAAUGAGCAUGUGUAUAUCAUAGCUGUGUGAGGGAACUCAUCAUCAUCAUCAUCAUUCAUCCAGAUGGUAUUAUUGAUUUUGGUGGUUAUUUUUCUGAACAAUGAUAUAAAACAAAAGGUGGGACGGAAGAGCCCAAUCAUAGGAACUGAUGACUGUCAAGCUGAAAGAAAUUGUAUUUACUAUUUCACAUUGUUACACCUUUUGAAUCGCUUACUAGUCAAAAAAGC